AUGUCUAGCACUAUGUUGACUCCCUUCUUGAUCGUCCUCUCCAUCAUCAACUCGGUCUUCCUGACCCUCACCAUCUGGGCUGCUCUCCAGCUCCGCGGCUCGGACUGGUGGGUCGUUUUCAUGGUCGCCUUCAUCUUGGGACUGCUGUACGAAGUCGACUANCUACCCGGCUACAACCCUGAGCACCGUGGUCCCAUCGAAAUUCGCCUGCGCAACUUCUACGGCCUCGACGCCAGAGACUCUUUCGACAGCACCAGUAGCGACGGCAUCGACCGCUCAAGCAUCCGCAGCAACCACGCCAACAAUGCCAACCAGCGCGAGAACCCUUUUGACACUCCUAUUGCUCGCCCCCAGACUGCACACACUCGUGUUGGUCAGACCCCAGCCACUCCUGCCAGCAUUCUCCAGAUCAAUCAGACGCGUGCUCCUCGCCGUCCUGUCACCCCAGCUUUCAUCUAA